AUGAAGACUGCCGCUUUACUGGUGCUGGUCCUAGUGAUAGCUGCGGAAGGGGCGGUGCCUUGCCGUCGACCUCUUGUGGAGACGCUCGAAUACAAUGAGGAUGCUGACUUGGAUACGUCAAGCAAACCACGUGGCGCACUGUUUUCCUUGUGCAGAUGGCACGAGAUCGGCUACUACGACCUGCCGGCCAAGAUCGACUACAUCCUGGCCAAGACGGGCCAGAGCGACCUGUACUACGCUGGCCACUCCCAGGGCACCACUUCCUUCUACGUGAUGACGACAAUGCGACCCGAGUACAACGACAAGAUCCGCGUCAUGUUCAGCCUGGCUCCCGUCGCCUUCAUGGACCACAUGUUCAAUCCACUCUUGCAAAUUGUGUCGCAGUUCAUAGAUCAAGUGGAGGUGCUUCUUCAGAUGAUAGGAAUGAAUGAGUUCAACCCGAACAGUGAGUUCAUGCAACUCGUAGGGGAACUCAUGUGCAGUGACGAAGUUUUCACGCAGGAUAUAUGCGCCAAUAUCAUGUUCAUGAUUGGUGGCUUCAACGAAGCAGAACUGAACAAGACGAUGCUGCCCGUGAUUCUCGCCCACGCUCCAGCAGGCGGCGGUAGCAGGCAGUUCAUCCACUACGGACAGGAGAUCAAGAGCGGUCACUUCCGCCAGUACGACCAUGGAAUGUUCGGCAACCUGGAGAAAUACGGCAGCUUCUGGCCGCCAGACUACGACUUGAGCAAAAUCACCGCCAAAGUGGCGCUCUUCUACAGCAACAACGACUGGCUAGCGGCUGUGAAGGAUGUGGACAGACUGUACGACAAGCUACCAAACUGCAUAGGCCGCUUCCUCAUAUCGCUGGAUUCAUUCAACCACCUCGACUAUCUAUGGGCCAUCCACGCUAAGGAACUAGUCUACGACAAAGUCAUUAGCCUCAUGCAUAGAUAUUUGUAAAUUGCUUCUCUGACGAGAGACGCACGCGUCUACAUUCAAGAGCAGAUGCAAUAAGGAUGCCUACGCACACGUUUGUCAGACAGAAUAUUUUGUUUAAUUUCCAAGAAGAAUAAUUUCCAGUUGUAUUGGCUUAUGUA